UGUCUGGCUGCUGUCCUGUCAUCGGCCUGGGUGUGGUUUGAGAGUCCGGGUACCGUUAGCAGGAAGCCGAGCUUUCGAGCUCAUUUCACUUCGAAGGCGACACAAAAGACAUAUUUUCUCCGAAAGAGUUUUCUUCUCGUUUCUUCCAACUAGCAAACGAAAGGUAGCAUCGUAUUGGACAGGAAAGCGUUAGAUUGGCGCCGUUAUUCUGAUGGGAAAAAGUUUUCUGCUGGUUUCGCCGACUGCUCGUCUGUUCUAUUCGUUUUUUUGCUGUGCUUUUUCCUUGUUUUAACCUGAAGCGGACCACUGAAAGCAAAGAUGCCCAAAACGAUUAGUGUGCGAGUCACCACGAUGGAUGCAGAACUGGAGUUUGCCAUCCAGCCCACUACAACAGGAAAACAACUAUUUGACCAAGUGGUGAAGACCAUCGGGCUGCGGGAAGUUUGGUACUUUGGACUCCAGUACCAGGAUACAAAGGGUUUAUCCACAUGGCUCAAGCUCAAUAAGAAGGUCACGGCCCAAGAUGUGAGGAAGGAGAGCCCUCUGCUGUUUAAGUUCCGUGCCAAGUUCUUUCCUGAGGAUGUGUCAGAGGAAUUAAUCCAGGAUGCCACCCAGAGGCUUUUCUUCCUUCAGGUGAAGGAGGGAAUCCUCAAUGAUGAUAUCUACUGCCCCCCAGAGACAGCAGUCCUCCUGGCCUCCUAUGCAGUGCAAGCCAAAUAUGCGGACUACAACAAGGAAGUCCACACACUAGGUUAUCUUUCAAAUGAGCAUCUGCUCCCGCAGAGAGUUCUGGACCAGCACAAACUCAGCAAAGACCAGUGGGAGGAGAGGAUUCAAGUGUGGCAUGAAGAACACAAAGGAAUGAUGAGAGAGGAAUCCAUGAUGGAGUACCUGAAAAUUGCCCAAGACCUUGAGAUGUAUGGAGUCAACUACUUCAACAUCAAAAAUAAGAAAGGAACAGAGCUGUGGCUGGGAGUGGAUGCAUUGGGACUCAACAUUUACGAACAGAAUGAUAAAAUGACACCCAAAAUUGGAUUCCCCUGGAGCGAAAUCAGGAAUAUUUCCUUCAACGACAAGAAGUUUGUCAUCAAACCAAUUGACAAAAAAGCACCAGACUUUGUGUUUUACGCUCCGAGGCUGCGCAUCAACAAGCGCAUUCUGUCUCUCUGCAUGGGAAAUCACGAGCUGUAUAUGCGUCGCCGCAAGCCAGACACCAUUGAAGUACAGCAGAUGAAGGCUCAGGCUCGGGAGGAGAAGAAUCUCAAGAAGAUGGAACGAGCCCUACUGGACAAUGAAAAGAGGAAAAGGGAAGCUGCAGAGAAGGAAAAAGAGAAAAUUGAAAAAGAAAAAGAGGAAUUAAUGGAACGGUUAAGGCAGAUUGAGGAGCAGACCAAAAAGGCACAACAAGAGCUGGAGGAGCAAACACUGAGGGCUCUGGAGUUGGAACAGGAGAGGAAGCGAGCUCAGGAGGAGGCUGAGCGUUUGGAGGCGGAUCUUAAAGGCGCAGAGGAUGCCAAGAUGGCUCUGUUGCAGCAGUCAGAAAACCAGAUGAAGAACCAAGAGCACCUGGCCACCGAGUUAGCAGAGCUGACGUCUAAGAUUUCCCUCCUGGAGGAUUCCAAGAAGAAGAAGGAAGAGGAGGCAACGCUGUGGCAACAUAAGGCCACCAUGGUGCAGCAGGACUUGGAGAAGACCAAAGAAGAGCUCAAAAACAAAGUGACGGUGGCCCACGUUCAGGAGCCCCUUAACACCGAGAACGAGCACGAUGAGAACGACGAAAGCAGUGCAGAGGCCAGUGCCGAGUUCACGUCUGCCGCCACGUACAAGGAUCGUAGUGAGGAGGAGCGCAUGACCGAAGCGGAGAAGAAUGAACGUUUGCAGAAACAUCUACUGGCUUUAAGCUCAGAACUGGCCAAUGCUCGAGAUGAGACCAAGAAGACGGUGAACGACAUCAUCCACGCUGAGAACAUGCGAGCGGGACGAGACAAGUACAAGACCCUCAGACAGAUCCGGUCAGGGAACACCAAGCAGCGUAUUGAUGAGUUUGAAUGCAUGUGAUAUGGCUGCCAGCCAUAUGGCGGCACGGCAGGUCGUGGGUCACUCAGCUCUAAGUCUCCUCCCAAUGAAUCAGCUUCCAAACAGCACAAUGUCCAAACAUGGAAAACGCCAUUUGCUAGCUUCCUAACGCUGACUUUAGGCGCGCCACUGGUGGAUAAGGGACAUAUUAUAUUUUAGAACACUUUUCAAGCUUAUCAGUGAUCGACCACAUUUCCAGAGCCACAUUUUGUCAUUGUGAGCUAAGAUUUCUGUCACAUUCUUGUAUCGUCCCUUCAAAAUAAAAGACCCCAAGGCCAGUUUUAACGCUGUGCCUGUUAGAUAUGUAUUUCUGCUGUAAUCAUGCAAUCUGCAUUUUUCUGAUUAUAUUCAUGAUCCCAUGAUGAAUACAGCUGGUGAUUGUUUUGCUGCAUCAGCAUCAACUGAUUCUUUUUUACAAUUGGGGAAAAGAGCAAACUCGUGCAAACCCGAAAACAUUUGAGUUAUUUGUGGUGUUGAAUUGGAAGACAACUGAACAUCAAGUUUGAACAUCAGAGUGAAGCUCUGAGUUUAGAGUUAGGCUUUUAGUUUUUCAUGUAUGAGCUUUUAAUCAAAUAGUUUUGUUAUUACUGAUGGCUGCAGAUUUUCUCUCCGACAAUGCAAACAUCCUACAGUAUGUCUUCUGUAAAAUGGAAUAAAAAAGCUGAAAUGUCUUUUGCAUAUAAUAAUUUCCUUUAACACGCACUGGAAUAUCGCAGUUUGCAAUAUUAAUAGGGAUGUCCCGACUGACCAUCCACUGUAUUUUGAAAAUCGGAUCAAAUUGGCUUCCGCCACAAGAUUUGGCCGAUCACGGUUGUAACCCUGGGCCACACUCCAACACGGGAGGUGCCCUAAUGCGCCUCAACGCCGCUUGCCACUAGACUGGCACUACCAACGCCGCCAUGCAGACAUGUCUGUGGUGUACUUUGGCGAAGUUAGUUUCAUGUUGGACUACAGCGGUAGUUCCCCCUCUGUACCCGGACUGCUGUGUCAUGGUGCCGCUCUAACUACUAGGGACCCUCAAAUAAAUCCAAGUGAGAUUGUCAUUUCACUUUAAAACACACACCAAAUUGAUCUAUAAUCAUGUGAAAUGAUUAGUCCAAAAAUAUUUGGCGCACCCAUUUUUUCCAACUUUAUGUUUUAUUGCAUAGGACCUGACUGACAAUAUUAUUGAAUUGUUGAAUUAAAAAGUACAUACUAGGGUUGAAGUAUUUUUAAUGCAUGAAAGAGCUAUUUUCAUAACCAUAUUCCAUCCAUCCAUUUUCUAUAGCGCUUCUCCUCAUUAGGGCUGUGGGGACUUUGGGCGAGAGGCCUGGACUGGUCGCCAGCCAUAACCAAAUUCAAUUCCACAAUUUCUUGUUUGUAACAAAAGCUUAAUAUUACAAAAAAAAAGAUUCAGGAUAGGAUUGGCAAGACUAUUAAAAAAAUGGGAUCGGAAGCCAAAAAAUGUGGAUGGGGACAUCCUAGUAUUAACCAAAACAACAAUGAGCAGUAUCUCCAAUUCUUGCAUUCUAAAAAUAUACUGUAUGGAUUUAAUUCAUAACUUUUGUAUUGUUGUGAUUUGGAUUUUUCUGAUGUGAUAAAAUCAUGUACGAUGUCAUUUAAAAAACCACCGUGGUGGAUAUUUUUGUAUAUGAAAUCAUCAGCACAGAAGACAGUGUUACUUUGUAAAUGAAUGAGGUGGCUGACGUCUGUUCUCCAUGAAGUUGAAGGAACAAGCAACACCUUGAUUGGACCAAUGAAAACGUACAUUCCACUUCACAACUCCAGUUCAACUUGAAAUGAAUCUGGCCCGAAUGUUAUUUACCACAAAUAUUCGGCACAAGAAGGGUUUUGCUUGUUCCAAAAAAUUUGAGAUAGUCUUUGAAAGCUGUAUUUACAUUAUUUUGCAAGGCCAAAAUAAAAGUAUUAUAGCAGUAGGUGUUUCUUUUUACUCAAUUUGGAUGAAUUUGUACCUAGAUGCAAUUUAUUAUACAGUAUUUUUGUCAAUUGCUGCGUAUAUUUCUUCCACAAAGUAUCUAAUACAAGAAUACAGUUGCUAUUUUGGAUACCUUUUGAUGCCUUUGACUAUAACUUAUUGAAUGAUGCUGUACUGUAUUUCACCUGAACAAGCUCAUACUGCAUGUGGAAGAGGAGACAUUUUACUCCACUUGAAAUAUGAAAUAUGAAUUACCGGUUAGGAUUUUCUGCAGACAGUGCCUUGCUCAAGUUGAUCAUCAGAACUUUUUUUGCUUCAAGUCUUCCUUUUCACCAGUGAAUAAAAAAGCCAGAAAAAAAAUGCUUUA